AUGGAGAGCAAAGCUGAGAGCAUCAGAGGUGAACCUGUGGUUUUGGGAGGAAGGACGAAUGGAGACUCAGUGACCCAGACCGAGGGACCAGUUAUCCUCUCUGAAGGGUCACCACUGACCCUGAACUGCAGCUAUCAAACCAGCUCUUCAGUGUUCCUCUUCUGGUAUGUCCAGUAUCUCCAUGAAGGUCCUCAGCUCCUGUUGAAAAGUGCAAUAGAAAACCAGAGAGUGGAGCAUGAAGGUUUUCACGCCACUCUUGUCAAGAAGGACAGCUCCUUCCACCUGCACAAAUCCUCACUGCAGUUAUCAGACUCAGCUGUGUACUACUGUGCUCUGAGAGACACAAUCUUGGUGAAGAUCUCUAGCCCCACUUUCUCCCUGGACUGUCCUGUUGACAUAUUCCUAAAUUACAACACCUUAAUCAUUUUAGGAAGGACGAAUGGAGACUCAGUGACCCAGACCGAGGGACCAGUUAUCCUCUCUGAGGGCUCAUCUCUGACCCUGAACUGCAACUACCAAACCAGCUAUUUGGAUGUCCUUUUCUGGUACGUCCAGCAUAUCCAUCAAGGUCCUCAGCUCCUGUUGAAGAGCGGAACAGAAAACCAGAGAAUGAAGCAUGAAGGUUUUCACGCCACUCUUGUCAAGAAGGACAGCUCCUUCCACCUGCACAAAUCCUCACUGCAGUUAUCAGACUCAGCUGUGUACUACUGUGCUCUGAGAGACACAGUGAGAGGAACCACAGAGGGAGCCGAGCACAAACCCAGAGGCGUGCAGCUGAGGGCUGGGGGUGGGCAGCCCUGGGAGGGUCGAGCUAGGUUUCCCUCCAAAGUCACGAGGUGUCUGCGGACACUCGCAGGGAAGGAACAGAUUCCAGCUUUGAUGUUCUAG